GUUUAUUAAAAUGAUUCAAAAAAAAUUGCCAACUGCGAUUUUGUUUUAGAAUGUAAUUUCUAAGAAGGUUACCCCCAUAACUUUGGAAUGGCUGAAAGAGCUGAGAAGAAAUUGGAGUGGAACGAAGAAGGAUGUGAACUUUUUGCUAAAAUUUGGAUACAAAGGUUGAAUCACAACACUUAUUUAAAGUAUUAGAACAACUGUCCAGGAGUGACUGGCAGUUAUCCUAAUACUUCGAAUAAGGAUUGUGAUUCAAUAUUUCAUCAAAAUUUUUUGACUAUAGUCAUUAUCUCUGAUGCAUGCCAUGAUGAUUCGAAUCUGCUGUAUACAGCUAAACAAACAUUACCUCGCUUAUGUUCGUAUAUAAAGCAUGAUUUCAGGCGACACGUGCAAGAUUUUCUGAGGGAUCGUACAGUUAUCGGCUUUUUUAGAAUCGAAGUUCUUCUUCUUACUCCUAGGCAUCUGGACCCUUCAUAAUGGAUGUUAAAAGUAGUGGAAAUUCUGAAUGUGUUGGACCAUGUUCCAGCGGUAUGACAAGUUUGGGUGCGGUACCUGCACCUAUUCGUAAACGACGUUUCAGCAGUGCAAAAAUCCAACCGACUCGAGUAAAACGGGUAAUGCAAAGUGAUGACGAGAUUGGCCGUAUGGUUGCAUCUGUACCAGUAGCAAUUGGUCGAGCUAUGGAGCAUUUUGCGGAGAAACUACUUGAAACUGCUGCGCAGUGUGUUUUAUAUUCGACGUCGCGCACUCUGUCCCCAUCACAUAUAAAACAGGCUGUAAUGCAAACUCCGCACUUCAAGUUCUUGGAAUCACUGGUUCGAGAAAUACCUUUACCGCCAUCAGCUGGACCUGAAGUGCACUGGAGAACUGAUUUGGUCGAACAGCCUUCGUUUUCUGGUUUCUAUCCGCCAGGUCCUGCGACAGAUCCUUCCUGCCAUAUGGGUAUGUCGAUGCUAGCAGCCCAAAUAAGUUUGCCAAAAUUGCCAUCUAGUGGAAAUCUGUUGAGUACUAAAAGAAGACAAAGUAAUGGUGAACUGGAUGGCAGCGAAACUAAACCGAAAAGAGGCCGGCCACGAAAAGUGAAAAGAGAGGAGAAGUGCGUUGAUGAGGACGGUUUACUUUCAGAUGACAAGUCUUUGGGUCGUGUCGAAGAUAUAAAUACAUUGUCAAACGGGAUGGUGCUUAGUGAUCGAGAGCUUAUGCCGCCUCCUAAUGUUUUACCAAUACGUGUUCUUGCAGCUUCUACAUUUACGGACAGUAAACGGAAUUCAUCAUCAACGAGUUUACUUUCGUCAUCUAAGAUGAAUAAUAACAACGGUGAACAGAGGCAAUCAACUGUCUAACAGUCAGAUUAUUUUGCGAUGUCAACCCAGUCUCUAUAAUUUUGACUUUACAAACGUGUUUCCAAAAAUGUUGCUGCUGUUACAAAUUCCAAAAUAUCGC